AUGUCCAAGACCUACACUGCCGAAGAAGUCUCUACACACAACAGCGAGUCCUCGAUCUGGAUCAUUGUUCAUGACAAAGUAUAUGAUGUCACCAACUUUCUUGACGAACACCCAGGUGGCAAGAAAGUCCUUCUUAAAGUAGCUGGUGCUGACGCAACCAAACAGUUUGACAAUUUCCAUAACAAAGCCGUUCUUGAAAAAUAUGGCCCACAACUAUAUAUCGGGGACAUUGGCAGUGGUUCAGAGCCAGCUUCAGAACCUGACUCUGGAGAUGGUCCCUUUGGUGAUUUGGUUCCAUUCGGUGAUCCUUACUGGUAUCAAGAUUUUCACAGUCCAUACUACAAUGACUCGCAUAGACGGAUGAGGGCUGUAGCGAGAAAAUUUACCGAUACCGAGAUCACACCCUAUUGCCACGAAUGGGACGAACAGAAGAAAAUACCAACGGAGCUAUUUCGCAAGGCAGCUGAUGCUGGCAUUUUACCAGGUCUCUGUGGCACUCCAUGGCCAAAAGAAUACACCGAUAUCUUACCUGCUGGUGGAGUAUCAACCGAAGAAUAUAAUGGAUUUCAUGAAUUUGUCCUUGCAGACGAAUUAUGUCGUUGCGGAUCUGGUGGAGUAAUCUGGGCUCUCGUUGGUGGCUUUGCCAUUGGUCUACCGCCCGUCCUAAAGUUUGGUUCUGAGGAAAUAAAACGCCGCAUUUUACCGGACUGCUUGGCCGGCCGUAAGUUUAUCUGUCUUGCUAUCACUGAGCCGUACGCCGGAUCAGACGUUGCAAACAUCAAAACUGAAGCCAAACUUACCGAUGAUGGAAAACACUAUAUUGUUAAUGGUGAGAAGAAAUGGAUCACAAACGGGGUUUUCGCUGACUAUUUCACAACAGCAGUGAGAACGGGCGGACCUGGUAUGGGAGGAAUUAGUCUGCUAUUGAUAGAGAGGACUAUGCCUGGUGUUAAAACUAGACAAAUGCAGUGUUCUGGUGUGUGGAGUUCAGGAACGGCUUAUAUCACUUUCGAAGAUGUUAAAGUACCAGUAGAAAAUAUCCUCGGAAAGGAGAAUGGUGGAUUCAAGUGUAUUAUGCACAACUUCAACCAUGAGCGUAUGGGCAUUGCAAUUGAGGGCAAUCGCUUUGCCCGUGUAUGUUACGAGGAAGCAAUGAAAUAUGCCCACAAACGCCGCACAUUUGGCAAGAAACUUAUUGAACAUCCAGUCAUCCGUAACAAAUUUGCACAUAUGGCCAGAAAAAUCGAAGCUACUCAUGCAUACAUUGAGAUAAUGAUUUAUCAAGCAGAGACUCUCAAAGGCACUGAGGCUGCAACAAGAUUGGGUGGACCAUUUGCAUUGUUGAAGGCUCAGGCUACGCAGACGUUCGAGUAUUGUGCAAGAGAAGCCGCACAGAUCUUUGGAGGCUUGUCUUAUACGCGUGGAGGACAAGGCGAGAAAGUUGAACGCCUUUAUAGAGAAGUCCGUGCUUACGCUAUCCCUGGUGGUUCUGAAGAGAUUAUGCUUGAUCUUGGUAUCAGGCAGUCGAUCAAAGUUGCUCAAUUUUAUGGUGCUAAGCUAUAG